UAGAAAGCUUCUUAAAUACAAGAAUUUUGUUAUUGAAUGGAUUCUGAUUUUUGUAGUGGGGUUACAUCUCUUUUCACAAAAUAUUAAAAAAGCAGGAAACAUAACAGUGAAUAACAGUAAAACUUAAGCUGCACCUAGUACUGAGAACUCAGUGAUUUUCCUCUAUUUCUAGUAGAGUAAUUCUAAACUGUAGCAUUCAACACCUCUCCUGAGUUUCCAGGCUGAAAAACAGUAAUGGAAACUACAGAAUCUGUUGCUUUUGGAAACAGUCACUUCACAUCUGUUGUCUCUGCAGUGCAAUGUCUAAGCAGGGUGUAAAAGGUACUUUAUAACAACCAGUAGUGUUCCUGUCAAAGUGGUCAUUUACAGAUUCAUACCAGAUCCUAGGACUGGGUUUCCUCAUUUUUACACCCUCCUAGAAAAAGUUUUAACUGAGAUACUUUUUGAAGUAGGCAACAAAGCAACACCUCCUAAUAUGGAUCAUCAGAUCCAGUUCUAGUGAGUGACCUGGAAGAAGUUUUCCAAAUGAUUAAGGGACGAAGUUAUCAAAAAGGUGGCAAGUUUUCAGAGUUCCUUUUCCUUGUAUUUUUAACAUUAAGCAAAAUCGUAUGGGCCCAGUGAACUAUCAAGAUUUCUGAAAAGGGAGAUUUCAGAUCCUUUAGCGGUAGUUUUGAAUUUGACAAAAAGUAACAGGGAAACUCCUGUAAGAUUAAUUUUGUGACCUGAAAUCCUUGUAACACAAAAUGGUAACGCGUGGUAUUUAAAUGCGGAUCUGCGAUGUUUUGCUUGUAAUUAUCGGGUUUCCCUUGGGGGAGGAGGGCGAGGGAAGGAGAAUUUGCGUUUGUUUGGCAAGUUACCGAAAUGAUUACAUAGGAAACUUGUUUAUUGCCUCAUUACUACCCAUUUCCUUCUAACUAGAUAAUCUAUGUAUUCAUUUAAAUCCAAAAGGAAGGGAGAGGAGCCUGUUAGCAGAAGCAGCAUAACAACUUCUCGCUCUGGGUUUGUGCCACGUGUUUAAUUUCCUACAAAUACUCAUUUAACAGCUUGACCGCCAGCUUCUGAGGAAGAUUUACAUUUCUCCCUUCAACAACUUAAUUUCCUAACACUAGAUUUUUUUUUUUUGGUUCGAAACCUGAUAAAUCACAAAAUUUGCCACCACCAAAAAUAAGUCCCACCGUAUUGCCACCCUCCUGGCUCACUGAAACGCUUGUUCCUGCGAUUACAGUAAUUACAGUCCCAGCGUGAGCUCCAUACAAGCGCUAAAUGAAACAGCACAUCAAUUAAAAAAUAAACACUCCAUUCUAGGAGUAAGACAACCCCCCGGGAUGUCCUAACAAGCGUAAAUGAACCUGCCAGGCUGCCGGCCUCCCCGCCUCCUCCCUAGCCUCUCUCAUUUAAGGUGGUUUGGAAAGUGAGGGGGAAGGGUUAAUUGAAGCACUAACAAGUGGCAGAUAAAGAAGCCAAAAUCCCCACCGCGAUCUCGUUUUACCUACAUCCUAGAAGUGCAACUUGAAAGCGAGCGAUUAGUUCGGAACCCAUUAAACUAUGAGAAUCAAACGUGGAACAGGAGAUAGAAUUAAUAAAAUACUGUCACCUCCUGCCUAGAUAUUGUUCCCCACUGAGUAUCUGUUGGAGAGAUUUGUCCAAUCGAUAUUUAAACCAUGUUUAUUUUACAUACCUGCCUUUCUGAGGGCGAUGCUGUGUUUAUUAUUAUAAUUUUCAGUCUUUUAUUUAAUAUUUUCCCCCUCUAGAAAGGAUAUUCUGGGUGUUUCACUGAGCCCUCACUUUCGGGAUUCUUACACUCAGUUAGGGAUAAUUUUAGGCUUAUCCAAGUAACCAAGCUCUGUAUCGUGGGCAGAUCCUUCCUGAAAUGAGACUUGGAACAAUUAUUUAGAGGGUGGGUAGAAGUCCAGUGAUAAAUCGAUGGCAGGCUGUAUCUCCCCGAAUGUCAACUGCUUUGAGUAAACACCGGGCAAGAAAAUAGCCUAUAUUAUCAACAACGUUCUGAAAAGUUUCUUUCAAUUCCUUCCCCCCCAAAACCAGCUGCUCUGAUUAAGGCCAGCGUUAUCAUUAAUCCAGCAGAAAGAGACUUUACAAGAAACAGCCAACCACCAUGUCAAGAAGUCAGAUGAAUAGGGUUUUUUAAAGUCAAACUUUAAACGUUAAGGAUGACAUUGUGCCAUCACUUAUUAAGCAGAAAUUCUUCUUAAUGUCAGUAUCCCCUCAUCACUGAACUCAGCAGAGACGUCUACUUUACAGCUGAUGCCAAGAUCCGACCCCUAAAAAGAUGACAAUUUGGGGGCACAAACAUGGGCAUUUAUAUAAACUACCAAUGCUCUCUGAUCUCCAGGUACCAGGAAUGACUGAAAGACUGUCAGGGUUUAUAGGAUAGGUCCUCCCAAGGCCUCCAUUGUUUUCAUUCAGAACUGAUUUAGUUAUUCCUUAGACUUUCAAAGCCAUGAGCAGCAUAUGGAGUUGUGCUCCAUCAGCUCCCCUUAAUCCUUUAUCUGUGCCCUUGCAAAACAAUUCUCAACAACACUGUAAACUUGUUCUCUCCAGGCAAGAGACUUACCUAAACUUAAACUUAUCUAUGUUCCACUGCGUAGAAUCCAAGCUCCGACUGAAAUUUUCAUUGCAGGGUGAUAUGAUCCUGCCACCAAGUGUAAACAGUAUCUGUUUUAAGCAGCUCCUGGUGAGGAAGUGCAACCACUCUAAAAUGACACACAAAAUUUAACCAGCUGUCAGUUUCACUGGGAUAACUCAAAUUCUAUAUAUAUACUAGCUUAAUGAAUUGCUCUGUUUGGUGAGUGCAUUUUUAUGACUUUUUAUAUAUAUAUAUAUAUAUAUAUAUAUCUCAGGGACUAAAUCUUUGUUGACUUAUGCUUUAUCUGCUACAUAUCCUUGGUGGUAGCUGACAUCAUUAAUAGCUUACACUUUUUUUUUGACAGAUGCAUUGUAUAAGGAAGCCCUAAAGGCACAGUUAUGGUUUUAGAGAAGCGCUGAUAUAAAAACUCGAACAAAAUAUGUAAGACGAGGAGGCUAAAUCUACUCUGAGCAGUGUUUUCUGCCACCAGUAUUCCCACUUCAGCCAGGGAUUUGGCGCUAAUAUUUUGUAGUACGUUCCAAUACAGGAAAAGGGACUUGCAGUGUUUUACAUUGUUUGCAGAAACCACUGAAGAUCGACGCUCACUGGGAACACGUUCUCAGGAACGCUGGCGCUCUGAUACCUAAAGAAUUUUAAAACACAGAUGAAAACUUAUUCUUACUCUUACGCAAAGCAGUAGCCAGAGGUCUCCGAAACCCUACCACGAAAAGAGAAAGAAAUGCCCCCAAACCAGAAGGGAGUCUCCUCUUCCUUGCUUAAGCAAGUCUCAUCACUACUUGCCUGCCAGGAAACAUUUACAGCUAAUAAACUGCACCUUAAAGGAACAGACAUACAUCGCCCCUAGAAAAUCACGAGGGAUAACGAGCCCAUCGGAUUUUGCAAACAAGGUGCUGAGGGCAGAGAGCCGGGUCCGUUCCACCUUAAGAGAGGUUGAAGGCCGGCUUCCCUGCUCCCCGCCCGCAGCCCGCCUGAUAGGUGGCUGGUGAGAGAGAGGCGGGGCCUGACAGCGCUCGCUAUAAAUAUUCAUGAGAGCGCGGUGACCGGCCUGGCGCUGUCGGGGCCGGAGAGCGAGAAGUUGUGCAAAGGGCCCUGUGGCUGCCGAGACCCAGGUGGCUCCGCAGCGGCACGGAGGGAUUACAGCGCCUGCGGCCGGACCGUGCUGCUGCGGGCUCGGGGAAGCUCGCACGGCUGCAGGGGCACCGGGGACCCCCGGGCGGUGCGGGCCGGCUGCUGGGGGCCGCGCAGGCUAGGUCCGCGGCUCCGGGAGCCCUCAGCCAUCUUGGCUGGGCACCGCAGGGACUGAAGGCGAAAGUUGCGGCACCCGGCCGGGAGCCCAGCGGCCGCAGAAGCAGCGGGGAGCGCGGGUGUAGCCCCUGAGCCAACAGGAGAUGAGAGCGCGGCUGAGAAGCCUCCCCCGAGCGGACUGAGCGCGCACACCCCCGCGGGCUCUACGCGCCUGUCCCUGGACCGCUGCAGGAGACGCUGAAGCGGGCUGUUUGCGGGGCUUCCCUCUGUCCCAGACAAGCCAGAAGAAGCGUCCCCGGGGCUGUGUCCUUCCCGGCCCGGCGAGCCCUGCGGAGGGUGGCGGUGCGUUCCCGGGCACCUGCAGCAGCAAGCCGGGGGGGUCGCCCUGCGGGCAGAGGCGGAACGCGGGGCUGCCUGCAGGACAAUACACCCCGGCGGCGGGGCGCCCCAGGAGAGGCCGUUCCUCAGGGCGUUUGCGGUGCCCCCGGCGCCUUCCGCUACUAGGACUCAGAGCUGCCGGGCGGCUACCGCCUCUCGCCGAGCAUGGAGCGGAGUUACCUGCUGGAAAUCACCUCGCUGCUAGCUGCCUUCUCCCUGCUGCAGCGCUCGAGCGCCGCCGCUGCUGCCGCCGCCUCCUCUGUUGCCGCCGCCGCUGCCUCCUCGGCCAAAGAGCUGUCGUGCCAGGAGAUCACCGUGCCCCUGUGCAAAGGCAUCGGCUACAACUACACCUACAUGCCCAACCAGUUCAACCACGACACGCAGGACGAGGCGGGGCUGGAGGUGCACCAGUUCUGGCCGCUGGUGGAGAUCCAGUGCUCCGCCGACCUGCGCUUCUUCCUCUGCAGCAUGUACACCCCCAUCUGCCUGGAGGACUAUAAGAAGCCGCUGCCUCCCUGCCGCAGCGUCUGCGAGCGGGCCAAGGCCGGCUGCGCCCCGCUCAUGCGCCAGUACGGCUUCGCCUGGCCAGACAGGAUGCGCUGCGACCGCCUGCCGGAGCAGGGCAACCCGGACACGCUGUGCAUGGACUACAACCGCACUGACCUCACCACCGCCGCGCCGCCCCCAGCCAAGCCCCCGCACCGCGCCGGGAAGGCGGGUGGCGCUGCAAGGCCCCCCGCGGCCGCUGCGCCGCCGGCCGAGCCCCCCCGCAAGCCUCGGCCGCCUCCCCCUUGCGAGCCGGGCUGCCAGUGCCGGGCGCCCAUGGUAUCCGUGUCCAGCGAGCGCCACCCGCUCUACAACCGGGUGAAGACGGGGCAGAUCGCCAACUGCGCGCUGCCCUGCCACAACCCCUACUUCAGCCCGGAUGAGCGCGCCUUCACCGCCUUCUGGAUCGGCCUGUGGUCCGUGCUCUGCUUCCUCUCCACCUUCGCCACCGUCUCCACCUUCCUCAUCGACAUGGAGCGGUUCAAGUACCCGGAGCGGCCCAUCAUCUUCCUGGCCGCCUGCUACCUCUUCGUCUCGCUCGGCUACCUGGUGCGCCUGGUGGCCGGGCACGAGAAGGUGGCGUGCAGCGGCGGGGCGGGAGCCGGCGGAGCCGGGGCCGGAGCAGCUGGGGCUAGCGGGAGCGCAGCAGCUGGGGCCGCGGGCGGGCGGGGCGCGGCAGGGGGCGCGGCGGAGCUGCAGCCGGAGCUGGCUGUGGCCGAGCACGUGCGCUACGAGAGCACUGGCCCGGCGCUGUGCACCGUGGUCUUCCUGCUGGUGUACUUCUUCGGCAUGGCCAGCUCCAUCUGGUGGGUCAUCCUCUCCCUCACCUGGUUCCUGGCCGCCGGCAUGAAGUGGGGCAACGAGGCCAUCGCCGGCUACGCUCAGUACUUCCACCUGGCCGCCUGGCUGCUGCCCAGCGUCAAGUCCAUCGCCGUGCUGGCCCUCAGCUCCGUGGACGGCGAUCCCGUGGCCGGUAUCUGCUACGUGGGCAACCAGAGCCUGGAGAACCUGCGGGGCUUCGUGCUGGCGCCGCUGCUCAUCUACCUGGCCAUCGGCUCCAUGUUCCUGCUAGCCGGCUUCGUCUCCCUCUUCCGCAUCCGCAGCGUGAUCAAGCAGCAGGGCGGCCCCACCAAGACGCACAAGCUGGAGAAGCUGAUGAUCCGCCUGGGGCUCUUCACCGUGCUCUACACGGUGCCGGCCGCCAGCGUGGUGGCCUGCCUCUUCUACGAGCAGCACAACCGGCCCCGCUGGGAGGCCACGCACAACUGCCCCUGCCUCCGCGACCAGCAGCCCGACCAGGCCCGCCGCCCCGACUACGCCGUCUUCAUGCUCAAGUACUUCAUGUGCCUGGUGGUGGGCAUCACCUCCGGGGUCUGGGUCUGGUCCGGGAAGACCCUGGAGUCCUGGAGGGCCCUCUGCACCCGUUGCUGCUGGGCGAGCAAGGGAGCCGCAGCCGCCGGGCCCCCUGGGGCAGGGGGCGGGGGGCAGGUUGCUGCCUCGGCGGUGGGGGGACUGGCGGGGGGAGGAGGAGGCGGGGGCUCCAUGUACAGCGAUGUCAGCACUGGCUUAACUUGGAGAUCGGGCACUGCCAGUUCUGUGUCUUACCCCAAGCAGAUGCCCUUGUCUCAAGUGUGAGAGCUGGAGAGGCUUGGUGGGGGCUGGCCUGUAUGAAAUGCUUCCUCACUGUUUGGUGCCAUUAAUGAACCCCUAAUGGUCCCCAUUAGCUACGGCUUGUGCAGAACAAUUCAGCCGGCAGAGGCCCCAAGCACUAGCUCCCCUUCUUCCCCAUCUCCAUUCAUAUGCAGGGAGCAUGUACUUCAAGGCGUCAGCUUAUUAUUGUGCUGGCAGAAAAGGGUGGAGGAGGCUCAGCAGUUUCUGGAGAGAGCAGGACAAGAAGUAGUUUGAUUCUCUCUGGGGACUUGCAGUAGAGCUCCCUUCAACGAGGGUCCUCCUUAUACCCAGUCCAAGGGAGGAGGUUAUUUGGCCUGAAAGGACUGCAGGUUUUGGGUAUUCUUAACGACCAGGCAAAUGCCUUAAACACACAAAUCAGUCUUAAUUAUACACCCAAAAUAAAUACGGGUUUUGCAGUAAACAGUGUAUUUAUAUAAUUAUUUGUUACUUUGUACAAAUAUGUAAGAUAUGUAUAUAUCCAAAGCUAUACAGUCUGUACAUUUUUUGUAAAGUUUAGAGGCUCCCCCUGUAAGAGCAAAUAUGAGUAUUCUAUUUUGUCAAUAAAAUGACUUUUGAUAAAUGACUUUUCCAAGCUUCCCCCUCCUACCCUGAUUAUUCCAGAUGUUGUUAGUAGUUAACUGUCACUGAAAGAUGUCACUAUAAGCUAUAUUACAAUGCAAUCCUUAAUACAGUUACUUAUCUUUAACUUAAUGUGAGGUUUUUUAAAGAAACAAUUUUUUAGACUGACUUGUUGAAUGUUCUAAAACCUGAGGUGCCUUAUAAUAAUUCUUUGCUGCUCUGUAAGCCAUCAUACUGUAUGUAAACUAAAGUUGUACAAGGCAGUAAUUUCACACAUGCCUUGUUAUGUAUCCUGUAAAAUGGAUGUUAUUUUAGGAAUGUGAACACUCACCCUACCUUUCAUAGCUAUUGUCUGGUUUGUUUGUUUUUUUUGUAAGCACCUGCCUUUAGAGGGGCUGUAUACUGCUAAAGUGUAAAGGUUAAUGUUUCAAAUCCAUAGAUCAUGUUUUACAGUAGAACAGUGAGUUGGGAAUUGUUAGGUCAGUCUUUCCUUAACAGAUUAAACUAACAGGUUAACAUCUUAACCUUUCAUACUUAACUUCUGUAUAUCAAAUAUGGUCCUUUUUUAAAAGAAAAGGUAUUGUUCUUCUGUCAAGGCUAAGCUAAUUUGAGUAGAAGGCUGUUGAAUUAACAGAAGAAUGCUUUGGCAAUUGUUGAACUUUUUACCUGUCUGCUCAGUGGCUCAGAACAUCGUUCCUUUUAAGAGGAGCUAACUGAAUAGGGUUAAUCUGUAGGGAACUUGGUCUCUUUUGAGUUUGGAAAAACUUUGAUCUUUUCUCUUCUCCAAACAUGAUGUAUAGUCUGAAGUUUCUUUCCCUGCUGCUGCGUUCCUCUUGUUGCAGAACUGGCCACCAUGGAGCCUUAAAGUUCUUCAAUUAAAGAUGUGGGAUUUUUAAGAAAAAUAAAUAAAAAGAGGAAGACUUGUAACAGUUAACAGGAGAGGGAAAAGGGAGAACAGCCUUUUAAACAGCUUUUUCCCUCCAUUGUUAGCCAGUCGGCAGGCAGCAAGACAUGGGUUGGAGCAGUAUAGAAAAAAAGGCAUGAAUGCCCUACAGGUGGUCUGCUCACAUAAUCUACCCAAUUUAAAGCAUUUUCCUUUGCAGGACAAUUGCAUUACAAAACUCCCUUCUCUUUUACUCCUAAUUGAAGCAAAGAACAACUUAUUAGAACCAAAAAGUUUCUUUAAAAAAAAAAAACAAAACAACCCUUUAGUCCUGGAAAGUGAUAACUAAAUUCUGGUAUGUUUUCAGAACUAGGCUGCUGUAGACCAUAAGAAGUAAAAGCUGUAGUAAACACUUCUUUGCCCCAGAAAUGUGUAUUUAUGCAUUCUGCUUAUUUUCUGAGAGAUUAGCAAUAAUUUAAAAGCAAUUGGUUAGGUUGUGUGUUAACCAUGAAAAGAUAACCCCAGCUCCCUUAUUAGCCUGUCAAUCAAGAUAAGAGAUGGGCAGCUGCCCUACUAAUCAUAUAGGCAUCAAUCAUCAUUGGUGGGGAAAACUUUGUCCUAGUGAGUUUUAACUUGAUUAUGGUGUCCCCUUCAGGAGUUCCCAUAACUAAACAGGAACUUCCAGUUUUAUAGUGUUAAUUGAAUCAUGGGGGGUGGGGGCACAAAAAGGCUGGCCCCACUAGCUCUGUGUACAGACAAUACUUAAACUGAAGUGAAUCUCCUUGUAAAUAUGAGCCACUUAAGCCUUCUAGCUAGUGCUAUUUAUGCAGCAUUGUAGCAAAGCCUGUAUUAGCAUAAUAUUUUAGUUCAAUACCACCAAGCUGAACAAGACUGUUACAGACAAGCCUUUUUCUUUAAGCUAGUCCGAUUGUGGUUUUAAAAACAUACUUCCUACACCGUGUGCACCACAUAUAAAACUAAUGGGGUGUUACCUAGCACUUAGGAAAAAAAACUUCCAUGUGGGUUUGGAGGGAGUUUGCUCCUACUAGGGAAUGCUUAAUAAAGUCACAUAUUUUUGCAUCAGCUAUUGCCAGAUAAAAUUUGGGCUCCUCUACUUCCAGUCAACUCUAGAAUGAAGGUUUGAAGAAACUUAUUCUGAAGU